UUCCUGUCCAAUCUGGCGCAGGCAUACAAACUGCAUUCUUGGCUCUGAUUGGACACGCAAAGGCGUGAGAUAUUUGCAUAUAGUAGGUUCCAGUGCAAGUCUGUGCAUCCACGGGAGUCCUGAAACCAGACUUUUAACAGGAUGUGCCUCAAGCUGAGAUAAAAUGGAGAAAUCUGGAAAAGAACCAAAGCUAGAAAACAGCUUUCAACUUAUGAACACUGCAGUAAGAGCAAAGGAAAUAGAUCGACCGAGGUGCUGCAUGAAUGCAGAUUAUUUCUCCCGAAGCCCAAACAGAUGCAGAGAAAUGAAUCAAGAGUUUUGCGGGCAGGAACUUCAUUUUCUGCAGCAUUUGGAGCUGAUCCAACCCAGAGAACCAGAAGAUGGAAGAGAAACAUCUUCCGGGAUGAAUCUACAUCAUCAGACUUCUGAUGACAGCUUUUCUCAAGGAGUGAUGCCGAAUGGCGCAAAAAGAGAGUGCGGCUGCUGGGAAUAUGGAGCAAAGCGUUGUGGAACAACUGAGCCUCCAAAUGGAACCACAGCGGGAGGGGAGGAUGAAUGCAACGCUCAACCGGAGAGUGAUUUAGAAGAGGAACUCGAGGCUCCUUUGCCGCUGAAAGAUGACAACGAGUGGCAACACUGUACUCCCUUUUUACUUCCCCACCACGACAUGCAUAGCUGCGGAGAAUGGCUGUGUAAUCUCAACCCACUCAACAGAUACCAUCCUCAGUCACGUCACCUCUCUGCUCCUUUCCAGCACUGGACACCUCGGAAUCAACCCCAAAAUGGGCUCCAGUUUCAUGACCACUUUAUGAAUAACAUCAUGGGAAGUGUCUCAGUUAACGUCCCUCAGUUCUCGCUUCCCACUGUGGAGGAUGUUUCACGGGUCAGCAUGCUGAAUCUGCGCUCAGCAGGAGCAGAGGAGUCCGCUUCGCAUCCACACGGGAAAAGGAAGAGCAUCCGUUUGCCUGAUGAGUGCCGAAACGUUUUCAUCACUUACUCUUCGGAUGUGUCCUCAGAGAUGGUGCCCUUUGUGGAUUUCCUCACACAGCAAGGCUUUCGACCUGCUAUUGACUUAUAUGACAGCUCCAUUAGAUGUAUGGACGUCAACAAGUGGACAGACAGUUUCCUUAAAGAUCCGUUAACCCUGAUUAUUAUCGCCAUCAGUCCAAAGUACAAGGAGGAUAUUGAAGGCCCUGCAGUGGACAGCCAUGGUCUACACACCAAAUAUAUCCACUCAAAGAUGCAGAAUGAGUUCAUCCAGCAGGGGAGCUUGAAUUUUAGAUUCAUCCCGGUUCUCUUCCUUUGUGCAUCCCAGAAACAUGUCCCGAGCUGGCUCCAGAAUACUCGCGUGUACCGCUGGCCUCAGGACACUGAGGAUCUGUUACUGCGACUGCUGAGGGAGGAGAGAUACGUGGCUCCUCCUGUACCUGUGGAGCUCAGCCUAUUCAUCAGGCCUGUUGCCAUGAGUGACGCAGCUACACUGUAAACAAACAAACUGGUGUUUGGGCAUGUGUCUGGGUUUAAAGUUUCUGCUUUAAAAGCUACAUUUUGCAGUAAGUUUAUUUUACAAAUCCACAGUUUGAUCCAGUUUAAGUUGAGAUAUAAGCUCAUGUUUCAACUUCUAUUUUAUGUUAAGUGCUGUUUUUCAGAUGACACAAUAAAGUUUUUUUCCAUGUACUUUGACACAUUUCUCUGGUACAUUUACUAUGUAAACAUACACAGAAUACAUUAUAUAAUAACUCUGGAUGGCAUUCCU